UGGUUGGCUUGGCUAUGUUUUGUGUACCUAUUUGUAUACUAGUUUUCGAGUAAAUUGUGUUUUACUUUAUUCUUCAUAAAGUACGAUUGAAUCCAUUUAAUUAAAUGUAUACGUUAGUGCAUAAUAUCCUCUAAAAGUUGUGCUAGCGACUAUUUUCAGUUAUUAUGAGUACUUGCCUUACCCGCUAUAGUAUACCAUUCAUAAACAUAAAUCAAUCUUUGGCAUAAAAUCAUUCUCCAAUAUACACUUGUCUGUUAUUUAACUGUAAACCAUGGAUUUGGCAAUGCAAACCUCGCAUUUAGCGGCUGCUUUGAUGUCAGGAGCUAAUUCCUAUAGUAUGAAUGCUCCUGCUGAUAUGACAACAUCUACUGAAGAAGUUAAAAUAUCUGAAAAACCUAAGGAAGAAGCUCCUAAAGAUCCUCCUUGUGAAGAGGAUAAAGAAGAUAUUCCAAGCGGAGAAGAAUACUCAGAUGAGGAGAGUGAAGCACAGCCGGGCAGCAAGUCCACUCCGGGGCGCGGAGUCACACUGCAAAUGCUGCUGGAGGAAAAAAUGCUAGAACCUGGUAAUGCUGCUAUGACCAUAGAAUACUUGGGACAAAAGUUUGUUGGAGAUCUCCAAGCAGACGGAAAAAUCAAAUCACAUGAGACUGAGACCAUAUUCUGCUCACCGUCGGCCUGGGCCAUUCACUGUAAAAGGAUAAUUAACCCUGACAAGAGGUCUGGCUGUGGAUGGGCAUCAGUGAAAUACAAAGGAAAGAAACUGGACACUAUAAAAGCUACCUAUUUGCGGAAAAAGCAGUUGCAAAGAGAAAAUAUGCAUAGUGAUGAGGAAACAGAAAUGGAAACAGAAAGCCCACCAGAGCCACCACCACAGAGAAUUGUCAUGAAACACAACUCUGUACCCAAUAGGAUGGUUCAACAUGAUUCAAACAUGCUGAUAGAGGCUGUAUCAUUUUCUUCAGUGGGGAAGGUGCAACCAUUCCUAGUGUCUAUGACGUCUAAUGCCAGCCUCAUACUAGACCUGCACUGCCAUCUGAAGAAAGAAGAAGUGUAUGGCUAUUUAGCUGGAACUUGGGAUUUGAAUAACCACAAUAUGAUAAUAACUCACACAUUCCCCUGUCUGAUAAACAAGAACGACAAACGUCCACGGGUGUUGGUCGAGUUGGAGAUACAAGUUGAGAUAGAGAAGCUAGGGUUGGCACUUCUGGGGUGGUAUCACUCGCAUCCGACCAACCCUGCCAUGCCUAGUCUCAGGGAUUGUGACAACCAACUCGAGUACCAGAUCAAGAUGAGGGGACCUUCUGAAAUAUCGUACGUGCCGUGUAUUGGCGUUAUAUGCUCGCCAUACAACCCUGAAAGUCCCGUGCUAGAGUCCUCGCUGACUUGCUUCUGGGUGUCGCCGCCGCCGGAGCAGCGCCCCACGGAGUACCCGCGGCCGCUGCUGCUGCAGUCCACGCUGCACCACGACGCGCACCUGUCGGCCCACGCCAUGGACACCGUCAAGCGCACCAUCAAGUACUACUCCACGUACGCAGACGACACCUUCGUACAGUUCACUGACAGCUUCAAACCCGAUAUCACGUAUUUAGAUAAACUUAAGUGUACGCUGACACCUAAGUUUCCGAGGGAGCAAAGCGAUGGGUUGCUAUGGCGGUUUAUACGCGAUGAGUUGGGCUGCUCCUCCGAUCAGGAUGAUAAGAUGGACUUGGAUGCUUUGUUGGCGGUGCCUCAGCCGAUACCGAUGUCGAAGCCGAAUCAGACAUCGGUGCCGAAUUUCCCUUCUGUGAGCACGUUGCAACAGAUGGUGAGCCGGCCGGCCGGCGUGCCGCCCAUCAACGUGUCUGCAGGUAUGGGAGUGGGCUCCACUCACAAGUACGACACUUCAUCACAGUUGAACAUACCAGUACUGCCCACUUCAUCCAAGUCAUCCAAGAGCUCGAGCUCCGGCUUGCCGUCAGGUUAUCCGACUGGACUGGAUAUGUUGACCAGUAUGGCUCUCGGACUCGGCUCCGGAAAUCUACCUUUGCCGCUGGGCGCUACCGGCUUGGAAAGCCUGGCAGCUGCAAAUAGCAUGUUAUCCAGUCUCACACCUGGAUUAUCACCAAGUUUAACAGCUAGCUUGACUGGCGGUAAAAUGCCUGAUCCACCUUCUUACGCAGCGUCACUACAAAAUUUAACCAACAGCAUCGGAAGUUACGACAAAACGUCGUCAAGUACGUCGACAGUCACAGCGUCAUCGACUGGGCCUAUACCGGCCAGCAUCGCGUCCAAUCUGAUGAUGAGUUCCGCAGACAUCGCCAACGCUCUCUUCUCAGCCACCAAAUACUCAAACGCUGGGAUCUUAGGUAUUCCCGACCCCAUGUCAAAGUCGACCUUGGCUGCUAACAAUAUGUUCCUAUCGCCGUCACUGCUCAAAAUGCAAGAAUCUCUAAUGAAGCCCUUAUCAAGCAGCAGCUCCUCAAAGUCCGGAUACGAUCAAAGAUCGCUUAUGAAAUCCCCUCACGAUCUCAUGAAGAGCAGCAAAGAUUACUUACCACCCGACUUUGGCCACAUCGGCAAAGGAAAGCUGGAUAGUCCGUUGGACAUUUCCAGCAAGACAGAAACCAGUACCUCCAAGACGGAAACCUCGAAAAGUGACGCUGCUGACAACCAGGUGGCGGACUUCAGCAUGUCGUCUUCUAGAAGCAGCAGCAGCGGCGUAGGCGGGGAGUCCUUUUUGAGUCAAAUGUUGGAGUUGACGAAGAAGACUACUAUGCCGGACUAUAUGCCCGAUUACGGGCAGUUGAAGAUUCCUAAGUCUGAUGAGCUUUCCGCUCCCAUUCCUCCGUCGAGUCACUCGUACAUGAGUACAGCAACUGCGGCGGACCUGUCUCAGUCCAUGGCGGGCUACUCCAGCCGGGAUGAGCCGUAUGACUACGGCAAGGAACAAGACUACAGUAUGCACCGAGUCUCCACGAGCGAGAGUGAACAGUAAUAGUUGUGUUGUAUAUUGAGUGUGUGCGAGUAUUUAUGUUUAGCGUGUAAGUGAUAUCCAUUUUAAUUCAGUAUUAAGAUAAAGUUUUGGUACCAUUUUUGUGGUAUUUACUCUGUAGGUGGUAGAAUUUUAUCUAUAC